CGGGAAUGGAUGAUAACGUAUCGCAAUCGUUCCGGUCGAAUAAUGUAUCUUUGGAGCUAUCGAAUCCACCUAUUGAAUCUAUCAUAAUUCCUGUUGUCUUUGGGUUAAUUGUUCUUGUUGGUGCAAUCGGUAAUGUUCUGGUUCUAAUCGCCGUCUUCCGACAGCCUAUGAGAACAACAACAAAUCUCUUUAUUGUUAAUUUAGCAGUCGCAGAUCUUUUAUUCCUUAUCUUUUGUGCCCCUUUUCAUGCAAUCGUCUAUACUCAGCAUUGGUAUUUUGGGGAGGUAGCCUGCAAAUUGGUCCAUCUUCUUCAAUUUUCAGCCAUGCUUGCAAGUAUUUGGACUUUAGUUACUAUGUCUGCUGAUAGAUUUUUGGCUGUUUCGUUUCCUGUGCGGACGAAACAUUUGCGGAAGCCUAGAGCAGCUCUGAUUAGUAGUUCGUUGGUGUGGGUCUUGGCUGUUUUUUCGUCUGUAUUAUGGCCUAUAGUCUACACUAUAAGAAAAUACGGAGAUAUUCCCGUCUGUAGUGACGCCUUUGACAGUGAUCAGAAAAGAGCUUCAACUUUUCUACUUUUGUUCGUGUUCGGUUACGCUAUACCAUUAGCUGUCAUAGCACUUCUAAGCGCUUUACUUAUACGGCAACUGUGGAAAACACCAAUGGAUUGUUCUCGGCGAGCAAGUACUGAAGCCAAGAAGAAAGUAACUCGCUUAAUAGUCGUCGUAGUCCUCGCAUUCGCCCUUUGUUGGCUGCCUUCUCACGUCUUUUGGCUUUAUACAACACUUCACAAGCUUCAUCAGGGUAGGGAGGCACCCAAGACCAUGGCACUCUAUGUUUUUAGAAUGAUUAGCCACGUUCUCUCCUAUGCCAAUUCGGCUGUCAAUCCAAUACUUUACGCAUUUCUAUCCAGACAUUUCCGGAUAGCUUUUAGGAGGGCGUUAAAAUGUGAAAGAUCGAAUAUAUCUGAAUCAUAUUGGAUAAGCAGUGCAGCCCAUCCACAUUACAACAUUCGCUUAGACAGAAAAUCUCAUGGCCAGGGAGAUGAUUCGAAACACUUAUAACUGAAAUCUCUUAUAGCAAAUAAACUGCUUACUCUCUAUGCUUCUCUUUGUCGAUUCUAUGAAGGAGAACUUCAUUUUCUAAUAGGUUCGAUAAACUCUCUGCUGUCUUUUUAAUUAAAAUUAUAAAAAAUGACUCUUUGAAGACUUCACCUGAGUAUUAUUACUUUUUAAAUAUACUUUUUACUAUUAAACGAUCUU